CCAUCAGCAAGGCCCUUCCUCCUAUCGACAGUACCACAUCUAGCUAAAGAUGAAGAAUACACAUGCGCUGCUCCUGGCCGUUGCCUUCCUCGUGCUGGCAUCAGAGGCCACGGUGAAGGCGGAUGACAUUUGUGCAGGGUCAGUCCACAAGACGCCGAUACCGUGUGACCUCCCGGGUUGCCUGCACAUUUGCCGCGAGAAUGCGAAUGGGCUAGGGCCGUGCCCUACUUGCAACUGGACUGCUAACUGCAACGCGUAUACUGGAUUGUGCGAGUGCAAUAUCUGCAUGCCUCCUCCUUCUGCUCCUAGCCAGCAAUAA